AUUCAUUACCUCUCCUCUUCUUCUUCUUUUUCUUCUUUUGUCUUUGAUUUAAGCUAAAAAAUGGAUGUAAUGAAGCUUGAUUACAACUACAAAGGUGAAAAUGCGUUAAAAGAGCUCGAUAGGAUCACCUCGAAAGCUGCUGAAGUUCAAGAUAACAUUUUAUGUGGGAUCUUAGAAAGAAACAAGGACACAGAGUACUUGAGUAAGUACAUGAAAGGCUCUAAAGACGUUCUGGAGUUUAAAAGAUCUGUGCCAAUCAUCACAUACAAAGAUAUCUAUCCGUACAUUCAGAGAAUUGCUAAUGGAGAAGACUCUUCUCUCAUUACUGGCCAUCCUAUUACUGAAAUAUUAUGCAGCUCUGGGACUUCUGCUGGAGAGCCAAAGCUCAUGCCUACCAUUUCUGAAGAUCUUGAUCGCCGCACUUUUCUCUACAAUCUUAUCAUUCCAAUCGUGAACAAGUACAUACCAGGACUUGACAAAGGCAAAGCAAUGUACCUGAAUUUCGUAAAGGCUGAAACAUCAACUCCUUGUGGUCUACCAAUCAGAGCUGUCCUCACUAGUUACUACAAGAGCAAGCAUUUCCAGUGCAGACCUUAUGAUCCAUUCAACGACUUAACCAUCGUUGCUUCACCGCUUGCUCCACUCUGUUUCUCCUUCUUCCUUCGCCGUUUUAUAACUCCGGCGCAGGUUUUCUCUGGUUCCGGUAUCCAUCAAAUCCUCCUCACGCCAUUGUAUUUCAAGUUGCUCUGUUUCUUACUAUAUCAGACAAUCAGGAAUGGAUCAGACAUGAGAGGCUACUUUGUAUGCGGAUACAAGAAUAGUUUUGGAAUGUACUCAGUCAAUUUCAGUGAUAGAUCUCCCAAACUCUCAGGUCAUUGGUACUCUGGUUUUUAAAACCACUUAUCUUCUGAUGAAUCCGAUUUGAGUUUAAUGUCCGGCUCUUGAACAAAGACAUGUAAUAUUU